AUGUGGAAAGCUUUCGGACUUGCUCAUUUAGAGCGCGCUUUGAUCAACCGACUCUUGCAGAGUCCGGUUUGGCACGGCAUGGUCGGCCGUGUUUACCAACGUGUUCAAUACUUUCGCCAUGGCGUACCGAUGGAGGAGAGCCGCACAUCCAUAUCAGAUGGAAACCAACUCAACCGGUUUAUAAAGUUUUUCAAGGAGGAAUUGCAGGAUCAGGCGAAGGGAAAACCUCCGAAUAAGCUGUGA